AAUGAUAAAUAUUUCAAUGUUUUUGUGGCGGUAUUUCUAAUUUAUAACAUUUAAUAUGAAAGUUAUCAUAACAAUUGGAUUUUUUGUACAUAUAAUUUUCUUAUUUUCAAUUUUUGAUAUUUAUUUUAAAUCUCCCGUGAUUACCGGAAUUCCACCUAGACCAGAACUAACUGAUGCUCCAGCAAAUCGUUUAGUAUUAUUUGUAGCUGAUGGAUUGAGAGCUGAUUCUUUUUUUAGGCUAAAUCAUAACAAAAGUAGUGAAACACCUUACCUCAGGUCAAUUUUAGAAAAAUAUGGUACAUGGGGAGUGUCCCAUACCAGAGUCCCUACGGAAUCAAGGCCUGGUCAUGUGGCUUUAAUUGCAGGGCUUUAUGAAGAUCCUUCAGCUGUUGCAAGAGGUUGGCAAGAGAAUCCAGUACAUUUUGAUUCAGCAUUUAAUAGAAGUACAGAAACUUGGUCAUGGGGUAGUCCUGAUAUUCUCCCGAUGUUUUCGAAAGGAUCCAAAUCUGGAAAAGUUCAUACAUAUUAUUACAAUUCAGAAGAGGAGGAUUUUUCUGGAAAAAGUGAUACCUUUUUACUUGAUCUAUGGGUUUUCAAAAAAGUUGAAAAUUUUUUUAAUGAUGCCAGAAAAGAUAAAGAUUUAUUUCUUCGACUGCAUCAAAAAAAGAUAAUUUUUUUUCUUCAUUUGUUAGGAUUGGAUACAGCCGGGCAUACAUAUAAGCCUUAUUCAAGAGAAUUGGAAAAAAACUUAAACAUUGUUGAUGCAGGCAUUAAACAGAUUGAAAAGGUCAUACAAACAUUUUAUAACUAUGAUAACAAAACAGCAUUCAUAUUUACAUCAGAUCAUGGAAUGACUGAUUGGGGAUCCCAUGGUUCAGGUAGUACACAUGAAACAGAAACGCCAAUUGUAAGUUGGGGUGCGGGCAUUAACUUUCCAAAGGAAUCUAUAAAUUUGAAGUCUACAUUAAGCCCAAUAAAUUGGGGUGUAAACGAUAAAUUUAGGAAAGACAUUAUGCAAGCAGAUGUAUCACCAUUGAUUUCUGCAUUGAUUGGCUCAGCUGUAUCGGUUAACUCUGUAGGUAUGUUACCAUUACCUUAUUUGAAUGCAUCACAUGAGUACUUGGCCAAAGCUUAUUUUCAUAAUGCACUUCAAUUGGGAGAUCAAUAUAAACAUAAAAAGACUUUAGUGGAAUCAAAUCUUUGGAAUAUAUUUAAGAGACCAUUUAAUGAACUGGAUGAUAAUAGUAUGAAAAAUAUUAUUGCAAAUGUUGAACAUUCAAUGCAAUUAAAGAAAUAUGAUGAUGUUAUUAAAAUAAGUAAAAUACUUAUGGUAAAAAGCACUGUGGGGCUAGAAUAUUAUCACACAUAUUACCAAGUUCUUUUACUCUCGUGUAUAUCAUUGAGUUUUAUAAGUUGGAUUAUAUUACUGCUUAUCAAUAUAUUCUCUACUAAUGAAAGAAGAAAAUCAUUUCAUCCGUACUAUGGAAUAUUUGACAUUGGUUAUGGAUGUGCUAUCAUAACUGUUAUGUUUAUUAUUUUCAAACAGUCUCUUCCUGCUAUUAUGUAUAUAUAUUGUGGUCAUCCAUUUAUGUUAUGGUGGGCAGUAUGUCGAAAACUCAGGCCUAUUUCGUGUGACAUGAAAUCCAAAAAUGUUUUUUUUGUUCUCAAGGCUAUUGGCGUUUCUGCUGCAUAUAUUAUUGGAACUGAAAUUAUGGUGUUAUCAUUUUUCUACAGAUAUUUAUUAAGUAUUUGCAUAGUUUUUCUUUGUUUGUGGGGGUUUAUGAAUCUUAACCAAUCUGAUAAAUUGGUUAAAUUUCAUUGGAUAUUGAGUUCUUUAAUGCUAGCAAUUUUUCCUGCAAUGCCCAUUGAAAAAGGUGAUGAUGGCAGCAAUACUUCAUUAAUAUUUUUAGGUGGUUUGCUAUGGAUUAUCUUAUCUAUACUCCAAUUUAAAAGAUCAUUGGAUAUAACAUCAAUGAUUCAAAUAUUAUUUUUGUUAAUGUCAAUGUUGGUAGUAGUUUCAACAAGAAAUAAUUUUAAAGAGAGAUUGGGCUUGCCUUUGAAAAAUAUGAUAGUGUCAUGGAUUUUAUUAGUGGUUUCUCCAUUAUUUAUUCUUGUCGCAUCAUUACAAAUAACAUUGAGAUUAAAACACAUUGGAAGAGGUCUUGCUGUGCCAUUCAUACUUCUGUCAGUCGGUCAUGAACCAAUAUUUUAGUUGACAUUAUUUUCACAUCUCGAGGCUUGGUUGAAGUUGGAAUGUUUUAUAUCAAAACCGUCUGCAAAUGUUGACAAGAUGAGAUUUGAUGAUGUUGCCCUGUCCAAUGCAAACAUAAAUAAUGAUGAUUUCCGUAGAUGCUACUUAUUUUUAUUUUAUAUAAUUGUGUGUUUCUUUGGAACUGGAAAUGUAGCUUCUCUAAGUUCUUUUGAUCCAAGUUGGGUACGCUGUUUUGUUGCUACAUUUUCGCCAUUUUUAAUGGGAGGUUUAAUUAUCUUGAAGACCCUAAUUCCUUUUCUUAUGAUUACCUGUUACUGGCAUGCAACUAAUGUUAUAAAAAAGGUUACUGCCAAAAAGUUAUUUCUUGGAGUGUUAAUUUUCAGCAAUAUCAUGGGAUUUCACUUUCUCUUUUUGGUGCAAAAUGAAGGAUCAUGGCUUGAUAUAGGAACUUCCAUAUCUCAUUAUGUUAUAAUGCAAACAAUAGUGUUGGUUUUACUACUAAUAUUUGGCAUUGCAAAAUGCCUUACCAGUAUUAAAUUAUUUUCAAGUAAGGACAUUUAUAUUAAAA